GCGUGACCGGCUGCGAUCCCGCCCGCCGGACGGACGAAUCCCCUGCUGCGAGCCAGGGGCGGUCCCUGAGCGGCUCCUCGCCAAGGAGACCGAGGAAUCUUGACAACUCCAUCCCAACUAUUUGGUUCCUGAUGCCAUUGAUGCUGCCCAAACCUGGGAUCUAUUACUUCCCCUGGGAAGUCAGUGAUGGCCAAGUUCCUGACGGAAGCACACUUCGAACAUUUGGCAGGUUGUGCCUCUACGACAUGACACACUCCCUUGUGACCUUGACAGCACAGCACAAAUCUGACCAGUGUCAGCUUCGUGUCUGCACCAAGCUGGUGGAGCCCUUUGAGCCGCAUGUGGACUUCCUGUACAUGGUGCUGGGGGACCUGGAGCAUGAGGAGGGUGAGCUGUGCCCUCUACAACCCCGUCACUCUGGCCCCUGA